AUGAAGGCCCGGAUUCUGAUGGGGCUCUGUACCCUGCUCUGCUGGCCGGGGGCCCCCGCCCUGCGCUGUAAGCACUGUCUGCUGGAAGUCCCCAACCAGGGCUGUCUGGACGGCUCCAAUUUCUGCAACGCGGAGAUGGGGCGAGCCUGCAUGACCAUUUCCAUCCACCGUGAGAACGAGCUGCAGUACCUGGUGCGGGGCUGCGGCCGGCAGAGCGGCUUCCACUGCGGGGAGAUCCGCGUCCUCAAAGUCACUGGCUACUGGUACCGAGCCCAGUGCUGCCGACACGACUACUGCAACUCGUGGACCAGCGCCCAGCUUCAGGCCCCAGAUGCCCCCCGACCCAAGGGAACCAAGCCCCCAACUCCCACCCACACCUCGUCCUGGCUCGCUGCUCAUUAA